AUGAUGAUGAUGAUGAUGAUGAUGAUGAUGGUGCUGAUGGCAAAACCACAGCACCCAAAUACUCUGGCCAACGGAUACAGGGCAACGCUACUGAACGAAGUCGUUGCAGGUUUGGCACGUCGGCGUCUGCCAUCACCUAUAAUACCCCCAUCAGCAUCACCACACCCAAUCUGUACUGCCAGUUAUCACCGGCAGCCGAAUUCAACGUUAACAACAGUCAUAUCACUAAUAGUUCUGAGAGUAUCAAACAGCCAGGUAGUAGUGAUAUAUAUACAUGGAAUGUUGUUCAUGGCAAGCGAUAAAGAGGAGAAUGAAGAAUUGGAGAGGGGUAAGGAUGAGGAUAAGGAAAAGGGAAAGAAGGCAGAGUCAACGCAAGUGCUGGGCAGACAUCACUGUGAUGAGCUUUGGAAUGGCAGUAGAUUUCAGUACACUUAA